CUAAGGCCGCUCGGAGAGCCAGCCCGGGACAGGCCAGCCCUGCUGCACAGUAUUCCUGUCUCCUCCGUAAGCCCGGGAGGAAAGAGGAGGUUGCAUCAUGCGUCUCGGAUUACAGCGCGGGACCGGGAGAGGCGGGCGUCUCGCGUCCAGCCCGGGGAGGCAGCGGGAGCCAACCGAAGCGAUCGCGGCCAGGCGGGGAGAGGGCACCGGGACGGGCCAGCAGACGAUUCCCCACCGAGGUAUGGAGAGGCCGGCGCCCCUGGCCGUGCUGCCCUUCUCGGACCCGGCGCACGCCCUGAGCCUGCUCCGGGGGCUGAGCCAGCUGCGCGCCGAGCGCAAGUUCCUGGACGUGACCCUGGAGGCGGCGGGCGGGCGCGACUUCCCCGCGCACCGGGCGGUGCUGGCGGCGGCAAGCCCCUACUUCCGCGCCAUGUUCGCGGGCCAGCUGCGGGAGAGCCGCGCCGAGCGGGUGCGGCUGCACGGCGUGCCUCCCGACAUGCUGCAGCUGCUGCUGGACUUCAGCUACACGGGCCGGGUGGCAGUGAGCGGCGACAACGCCGAGCCGUUGCUGCGCGCCGCCGACCUGCUGCAGUUCCCGGCCGUGAAGGAGGCGUGCGGGGCCUUCCUGCAGCAGCAGCUCGACCUCACCAACUGCCUGGACAUGCAGGACUUCGCCGAGGCCUUCAGCUGCGCGGGGCUGGCGGGCGCGGCGCAGCGCUUCAUCCUGCGCCACGUGGGCGAGCUGGGCCCCGAGCAGCUGGAGCGCCUGCCCCUGGCGCGCCUGCUGCGCUACCUGCGCGACGACGGGCUCUGCGUGCCCAAGGAGGAGGCCGCCUACCAGCUGGCGCUGCGCUGGGUGCGGGCGGACCUGCCGCGCCGCGCCGCGCACUGGCCGCAGUUGCUGGAGGCCGUGCGCCUGCCCUUCGUGCGCCGCUUCUACCUGCUGGCGCACGUGGAGGCCGAGCCGCUGGUGGCGCGCUGUCCGCCCUGCCUGCGCCUGCUGCGCGAGGCCCGAGACUUCCAGGCUGCGCGCUACGACCGCCACGACCGCGGGCCCUGCCCCCGCAUGCGCCCGCGCCCCUCCACCGGCCUCGCUGAGAUCCUUGUGCUCGUGGGCGGCUGCGACCAGGACUGUGACGAGUUGGUCACCGUGGACUGCUACAAUCCGCAGACCGGCCAGUGGCGCUACCUGGCCGAGUUCCCCGACCACCUGGGCGGGGGCUAUAGCAUCGUGGCGCUGGGCAACGACAUUUACGUCACGGGAGGCUCUGAUGGUUCCCGGCUCUAUGACUGUGUCUGGAGGUACAACUCGAGCGUGAACGAGUGGACGGAGGUGGCGCCCAUGCUGAAGGCCCGAGAGUACCACAGCUCCACGGUCCUCGACGGGCUGCUGUACGUCAUCGCCUCGGACAGCACGGAGCGCUAUGAUCACAGCGCCGACACCUGGGAGGCCCUGCAGCCCAUGCCUUACCCCAUGGACAACUGCUCCACCACGGCCUGCCGGGGCAAGCUGUACGCCAUCGGCUCUCUGGCGGGAAAGGAGACCAUGGUGAUUCAGUGCUAUGACCCAGACACCGACCUGUGGUCGUUGGUCAACUGUGGCCAGCUGCCACCCUGGUCUUUUGCACCCAAGACCGUGACCCUGAAUGGGCUCAUGUACUUUGUGAGAGAUGAUUCUGCUGAAGUCGAUGUGUAUAACCCUGUGAAGAAUGAAUGGGAUAAGAUCCCUUCUAUGAACCAGGUCCACGUGGGAGGCAGCCUGGCUGUCUUGGGCGGGAAACUCUACGUGUCUGGUGGCUACGACAAUACGUUUGAACUCUCUGAUGUGGUGGAGGCUUUUGACCCAGAGACUCGGGCGUGGAGUGUGGUGGGCCGCCUCCCGGAGCCCACCUUCUGGCACGGCAGCGUCAGCAUCUUCCGCCAGUUCAUGCCUCAGACCACGUCCAACGGGCACGGCUUCGACCUUGACGAUGCCAGUGACUCGAACUUGAACCGGCCCCGGCAGCGCCUGCAGAAUCAGAACCAGAACCUGAAUGAGCUGCAUUAGUGCCGGCCGGCCUGGGCCUCGGCUCGGCACGCGGCUCCGUUGGCGUUUUGGGGGGAGGGCAGGGAGGACCCCAGUGACCGACAGGCGUGGGUUGUCCACAUGUGUGAUGAGGCGCUGGGUCUUCAGGAAACGGAGCACUUGGAACCACCGGUCAGGGUGCCGGCUUAGCUUUCAGCAGAUGGGGAGAGGCUAGCGCAGAGAGGCUUCCAAAGCAUCCCUCCUUUUCACUUGUGGGAGAGUCCCCCCAACAUCCACCCCUGGCUCCCCGACACCUGCAUCGCUGCCCACUUCUGCCUCCUGACGAGCCCCGUGUUCCUGUCUUCAUUCUAGGGCUGCCGGUGGAUGGUAGGACCGAGCCCUUGGUACCAGGUUGUGGGAAUAUGUGGGCAUGGUAUACACGGAGAGGCCAGCUAGAAUGCCCUGGGGUCCUGCUCAGAAAAGAGCUCCCCUUCCAGGUGGACUUGUGCGGAUCCCCUCUGCUCCCUACCCCCAUUUCAGUGGUAUUCGGGUAUAUAAGCACCUACCCUACAGUGCCCUGUUAACAUGCCUGUUCGCUGGGUGCUUGGACUAGCAAGCUCCCAGCCCAGGUGACCCGUGGUGUGUGCUUUCUUCAUUCCCUGCGCUGCCUGACCUUUGGGACCGGCGGAGCAGAAAAGCAGGUGCGUUUUCAGGAGCUGGUGCUGGUGGAGACCCUUAUCCUCCCUUUGUCCUCCCCUCUCCUCAGAUGGGCCAGUGGCUCUGCUCCCUCGGAGUCCCAGCUGACUCUCCCACACACCCCACCGUAGACAUCAUUAAUGAAAUGGACAUCAGCCUUUAGAUUACAAGCGUCUUUUAAAGACCCGGCACGCCAGCCAGUCCCAUCUUCUGUGUGCCCGGCUUGAGAGGGUAGAACGGAAGGAGGUGUCUCCGGUGAGCGUGCUGGGCAAGGAUGUUGACUCUGCUCGCUCCUCUGGACCAGAUCUGCCCUCGGCUGGCCCAGGCUAUCCUCCGGCCUCUGACAGACACCAACUGUGAGCUGGGUUGUGGCCCAAAGGCAGAGACGGCCCAGCUUACCUUGUAUUGAAAGGUGUUACAAACUGCUGUCAUCGGUCUAAAGGGAGGGAGGAGUUAUCGAGGUGUUGGUCACAGAAAUAGGACCCUAACCCCACCCCGGAGAGCCAUGCCAGAGCUAAAACCCCUUGUGCUUUCUUCUGCCCCAAUGAUGCUAUUUAGGCGGCCCAAAGGAGUCCUAGGUGUCUUCCUGCCCCAAGAUUGCUGCCUGGUGACCCAGAGUUAACCCCUUUACUUCCUUAGUGCCUCCCCUGUAAAGUGGGGGUUGGGUUCAGUGGCCUCCGGGGCCCCUUCCCACUCUGAAUCUGGGCUCCCCAUUGGCUUGACCCCCAAAAAAGUCAUGUUUGUAACAGCAGCUAUCUGUAUUGACUCACAUUUUCCCAUUGGAUUUUUUUUCUUUUAAGAGAAAUGUUCCUAUAGAGAGCAGUGUUGUUAGCUCUCAC